GCACGUGCUGAUUUCCUUGCAUAACACGAUCUCGUGCGCAUCUGAAGGCAGAACUAGCAUGGCAGCUACAGAAGCCCAUAAAGUGCUUGUUUACGGAGGAAAGGGGGCUCUGGGGUCUGCAUGUGUGCAGUACUUCAGAGCUAAAAACUGGUGGGUCGCCUCUAUAGAUCUCAAUGCCAAUGAAGAAGCCAAUGCCAAUGUUACAGUUAAGAUGACUGAAUCCUUCACUGAGCAAGCCAACCAGGUGACAGCUGAUGUCGGUGAGCUGUUAGGUGCAGAUAAGGUUGAUGCCAUCUUGUGUGUGGCUGGAGGUUGGGCAGGAGGCAGCGCCAAGGCCAAAACUCUGUAUAAGAAUGCUGAUCUGAUGUGGAAGCAGAGUGUGUGGACCUCCACGAUUUGCAGUCACCUAGCAACCAAACACCUGAGAGAGGGGGGGCUGCUCACACUGGCAGGGGCUAAAGCAGCACUGGGUCCAACAGCAGGAUGCAUUGGUUAUGGCAUGGCAAAGGCAGCGGUUCAUCAGUUGUGUCAGAGUCUGAGCGCACCAAAUAGUGGUCUUCCUCCGGGAUGUGCUGCAAUAGCAAUACUUCCAGUGACUUUGGAUACACCCAUGAAUAGAAAGUUCAUGCCGGGUGGUGAUGUCAGUUCCUGGACACCGUUGGAGUACAUAUCAGAGCUGUUCUAUAAGUGGACUACAGGAGAGAGCAGACCUCCUUCAGGUACUCUGAUGCAGCUGGUUACUGCAGACGGAGAAACGGAGGCUACACCGGUGUUAUGAUUAAUAUAAUGUAUGAUAUUCAAAAUCCUUCAAAUCAAGCCAAUAACCCACUACUGUAUCUGCAUUAGUGACACUUUUUGUCCUAUUGCCUUUUUGUUUACAUGUAAACAUCAACAUACUGUAAAUUGUAGCUCUUAAAAAUAGGAUAAUUGCAUAAAAAUGUCAAAGAUAUUGUUUAGUAAAUGUGAUGGCAAAAUAGCAAUGAAACUGUUCUAUUUUGUUUCUUUCUUUUCUCUAAAUCCUACAUCCUUUUUACAGUCUGCUGCUCACCAUAGUGGGGCGCUGAUGGUUAAUUUAAUUACAGGUUCUCCUUUGGGUCCAUACAAAAAAGUGAUUAUGUUUUGAUCAGACUAGAAAGGUGAGUCAGCAUUGAAAAAAGUGCUUUUACUAAGUAAUGCAGUUUUAUUUUUUUGUGAGGAUCGGGUAUUCAUUAAGUAUUGCCUUUUUUUCUCUUUAUAAACUUGCUUUUAUUGUAACAAAGUACAAGAAUAAUGGUUCAUGAAAUGAGUUUUUAAUUUCCAGUAAUUUAGAUGAAAUGGAAAAAUAAUAAUAGGUUCCUGAGCUACUAGAAAAGAGAUGCACUCGAUGUUAAAAAAACAAAAAAUAAGUCAUUAGAGUCAUUCUCAUUAAACUCAUAAUGAGUUAUGUUGUAGAAAUAAUGAAGUAGAAUUUUUAAAUGGCAAAAGUAGAAAAUAAUAAUUGACAAAAACUUUGUCUUUUUAUAAUGUUGACAUAGUUUAACACUUAACACAUGUUAAUU